AUGUCGGAAGGUCUCAAUGACAGCUGGCCCAGGGCAGGGAGGAGAGAGGAGGAGGAGAAGGCGGCAGAGAAAAAGGAUAUCUAUUCUCAUCCAUGGUGGCUGUGCUCCAGCCCCCUCAGUGCAGUGGCAUCGCCAGCCCCGCUUGGGCUCACAGUGGGCUCCUCAUGCCCGCUGUGUGCUGUUCGAGUGCCAUGGAACGUUCGCCCCCCCAUCCUCCAGGGCCGCUCUGGUGAUGUCACAAACUGCACAGGCCCCUUCCUGCCACCGCUCCACCACCCUGCCACCAUCGUGUUGCCUUGUCCUUCCAGCACAAAGCGUCUCCCAGGCCCUGUCCUCAUCCAUCAUCUCCCACCCUCAGGAUAUCCCACGCCCCAGCCAUGGCGGGAGCUGCGCCACCCCAAAGGGCUAGAAGGCCAUCAGAGUUGCCACUUCCCGGCAGGGAACUGCUGUGUCCUCAAAACCAGCCUGGGCAAGAGCAGCUGUGUGUGUCCAUGCACAACAGUACACCAGUAUCAGCCUUCGAAUCACUGGGACAGCCUUUGGAAAUCAGGCUGGACUUUAGUCCUUACUCCAUUUCCCACUCAUUUUACAGGGAUUCUUCCCCAGGCAAACUGCUUCAAAGUUGCCAGCUCCCAUGUAGCUGUCAGCAACCUGAAUGAGACUGUAAAUGUGACAGACCAAAGGCAGUUUGCCACAGGUUUUAUGAAACUUGUGAAAGCUGAGGACACCAAGUUUUGUACUGACAUUCUGGAAAACAUUCAGGUUUUGUCAGAGGAUAUAUGGGGGAAAAAUCUGUUGAAAUUCCCUGUUACUCACACUUAUAUGAACUGGAAUAAACUAUGGAAUGAUCAGCAUCUGAACAUCAAGGUCUCCAAUGCUGAAGUGCCUCAAUGCUUGCUGAAAUACUAUCUUUGA